AUCAGGUUGGAACAAUCCAGGUGGCAGUACCCGGUAAGGUGGAUGUUUAAAAAUGCGUAGAUCGCCGGACUCCGUAGCGCUGUAGCAUCGUAGCACCUAGCCAUUCAGUCCGUAGCUGGUCCUCGUAGCGAGUGGUUGUGUCGUCGAACCGUACUGCUGCCAGUCAUAAAAUCGACUUAUAAAAUGAUCAUCUUUACGUUACUGUUCACAGUGAUAAUUGAAAGUGACUAAUGAAGUUCAAGGAAAAAUGAACCACAGUUUUCUUAGUUCAGAUUAUGGAUUUGUACAUUAUUGUGAUUAUGGGAUGUGAUUAAUUACUAACAAUUCUGAUGGUGUUGGGUGAUGGCAGCGCGCGGCGAGCGCUGCAGGUGGCGCUGGCGUGCCUGCUGGUCAGCGCGCUGGCCCCGGAGCGGCUGGAGCCGUGCGCGGGCAGUCCACUGUGCUCGUGCCGCGCCGCGCACAUGUCCUGCACUGCUGUGCCGUUACAUCGGUUCCCAGAAUGGCCACGAAUAGAAUUGCAGCAUCUGGAUAUAAGUAUGUCCAAUCUUGAAGUAAUAUCGGAAAGUGCUCUGGACGGGCUCGAACUGCAAACUCUAGUUUUAGUUGCAAACAGGUUGCAUUACAUCGAAUCUCAUGCAUUUAGUUCCAUGUCAAAUAGCCUUGCCUCGCUAGAUCUCGGUUACAACGAAUUCACAGAAGUUCCUGAGCAAGGACUUAAAGAUCUUAAAGUAUUAAACUGGUUGAAUUUGCAAAACAACUACAUCGCAGAGCUUAGACCAGACAGCAGAUGGCAUCACUUAGAGAAUACGCUGACAAGUUUAUCUCUAAGCAACAACCAGUUAACAGAAUUGAAAUCUCAAGCUCUUUCAUCUUUGGGACAUCUAUUGCAGCUUGAUUUGGAUGGAAAUUACCUCCGCAGUAUCAGUACUGACUCCUUACCAACCUCUAUAACGGUCCUAAAGAUCUCAAAUAAUUUCCUGCACGAACUAUCUUGUGAUUUACUAUUUAAUCUGCCUAGAUUACAAAUGUUACAUAUGAGACACAAUUGGAUUACGUUCGACAUGAAUUCUACUAGUUUGAAUAACAAAACUAAGAAGUUAGAAAAAUUAGAUUUAAGUAACAAUAGCAUUAACGAUACGUCAGAAAUAUCUAUAUUCCGUGAAAUACAGAUAAGACAAAUUAUUCUAGAUUUAAACGAAUUGACGGUAGUUCCGAGAUUACUAUUUACAAAUAAUCGAAUAGAGAGGUUAUCUAUAUCGUACAAUAAAUUAGGUUCAAUUUAUCGUGAUGUUUUCCUUUCGCUUAAGAACUCUCUCGAACAUUUAGAAGUGGAGCACAACAAAUUGUCUCAUUUGCCGGACAGUUUGGCUCAAGUUGUGCGACUCAGACAUUUAUCUCUAGCUUACAAUCAAUUGGAAGAGUCGCCUUUGCUCCCAAAUCGUAUUCAGACACUUUCACUAGCCGGAAACUUUUUAACUUCAAUACCCUCAGCACUUCAGACUCUCGAACCCGGCUCCAUUCGUUAUCUUGAUUUAAGUUACAAUAGGAUAUCUAAUUUGGUUCCUAAUGAAUUUAGCGAUUGGUCUUCCUCUUUAGGAACUCUUAAUUUAAAAGGCAAUAGAGUCGCACAUAUUUAUAAAAACAUAUUCCCAGCUACUAUGCCCAUAAAGGAAAUUAAUUUGAGCUUUAACGAUUUAUACUAUAUACAUCCACAAUCGUUUUCUAACUUAACAGGUUCUUUACAUGUAUUGGAACUGUCUGCGACUAUUUUUAGUGGCUAUUUCCCUUUUGAAAUUGAUGAUGCAUUGGAAAAUUUAAGUUGGUUAUCGUUUGAUAACAACGAUUUUCAUAUUCUCAAAUUGGCUGAUAUGUCAUUAUUUCCAAACUUGAAAUAUUUGAAUUUGGAUUACAACAGAAUUGUUGAAAUUUCCGUUGAAGAAGACUUAAAUAAUAUUUCGCUAGCGUUAAGUAAUGUGCGAAUAUCGUAUAACUUCCUGAGUGUAAUACCGGCUAAAACCUUUUCACAUCUGCACGAGUUAAGAAACUUAGAUUUAUCUUAUAACCGUAUCAAUAACUUAACUAAGAACAGCUUUACAAACUUGGCCAACUUGAGAUAUUUAUCUCUUGCGGGAAACGUAAUCGAUUCUAUAGAAGCAGAUACAUUUGUCAAUUUACCAAAACUAGAGGUAUUGGAGCUUCAAGGAAAUAACUUGACCUAUUUAUCACUAUACGCAUUAUGUAAUGUUUCUAGUCCCUAUGUAACAUUUACUCUUAAUGUAAGUAGAAACAACAUAAAAGAUAUCGAAGGGGACAGCGCUGUUACCGUAAAUAUAUUUGAUGGUUCGUAUAACGACUUUCAUGAAGUGCCAAAUAGUUUUUUUCUCGCUGCCGAGUCCGCUAUAAGGCAGAUAAUACUGUCGCAUAACAAAAUAACUCACAUCUCCAGUGAGGCUUUUGGCCAGCCUCUGUACUUAGAAAUAUUAGAUUUACAUAAAAAUAGUAUAAGUGUAAUUAAGAGAAAGUCUUUUACAGAUCUCAUGUCCUUGCAAAUAUUAGAUCUGUCUUUCAAUUCAAUUUAUCAGAUGUCUGUGGAACAAUUUUAUAAUUUGCGUAAACUGAGAUAUUUAAAAAUGGACCACAAUAAUUUAAGACUUCUUCCCAGAGACGUGUUUAAAAAUACUGUAAUAGAACAUCUAGAUUUAAGUUUUAAUGAAGUUUCAUUGUUUCCCGUCACAGCACUCUCGCAUAUUGGGUUCACGCUGCGGUAUCUCGACCUCUCCAACAAUAGAAUAGAGUAUUUGGAUAGUAAUAUUUUUCGCAACACACAGUUCUUAUCAAAUUUAAAUUUAGGAAACAAUUUAUUGACGGUUCUAUCAGAUAACACAUUCUCGAGUCUUGGAGGCUUACGAAGAUUGGAUUUAAGCUUUAAUUCAAUUAAGGCGAACUUUAAGGAGCUGUUCCACAACAUUCCUAAUUUGAGGCAUUUGAAUCUUGCAAAUUUAGGCUUAAAGUCAGUGCCUUAUCUACCUUUAACAAAUUUGACUAGUCUCAAUUUGACUUCAAAUUUCAUUACCAGUUACAAAGAGACUGAUGUAAAAAGAUUAGUGAAUCUGCGCCAUUUAGACUUAAGCCAUAAUCGACUUACCUCUUUAGUGCCAAAGAUGUGGGUUCACUUGAAGAAUUUAAAUGUACUAGACUUGUCAUACAAUCCUAUAGUAAGAAUUACGCCAAAUAGUUUUAAAUCAUUAAAUAAUUUAUCUCAUUUAAAUUUAAACGGCCUAAAAUACUUAGACAUAGUAGAUCAAGACUCUUUCCGUCCCUUAAUGUCCUUGAGAUCCCUGCAUGUGCAGACUUGGUCAGCGAUAAACCAUUCCACGUUUCGUCUCGCAAACAUCACAUCCUGUCUUCCUUCCUUAUACAAACUAUUAGUACAUUGGUCGGACGAAGUAAUAGACAAUCAACUACAUGGGAUUGAAGCGAAGAAAAUUAGAUAUUUGGAAAUUAGAGGAGCCAAUUUGCGAAGGAUAUCCGACGAAGCGUUUGAGCCGUUCGCUAAUAGCCAAGAGAUAUUCAUCAGAAUUAGUGAGACGUCCAUAUCUAAACUACCGGCGGCAUUUAUGAAACAUCUCUCGCAAGUCCCUCAAUUAGGCAUCGACGUCAGCUACAAUCAAAUAUCAAGGCUUGAUCCGGCGGUCUUCUACCCCAAUUUCACAAGCUGGAGUCACGUAGCAACUAAAUUGCUUUCAGGUGGUUUGAUAUUGACUGGGAAUCCACUGCGGUGCGAGUGUGAGCUGGCUUGGCUUGGCGCGUGGCUGAGGCGAUGGCUGCAAGAAAAUGAGGCUGGUGGCGAAUUGAGAAGAGCAGUUAGAAGUGCUACUUGCAAAGAUUUACACGGAAGGCGAGUUCCUCUGAUCCAACUUCGGGCGGACGAAGCUGAGUGCCAUGCUAGUGCUCUUUCUAGUGACAGUGCAUCACCAAACUACACUAACUUUAUAUACAUAUUCACCAUCACAAUAUGGACUCUUAUUAGGUGAUAAUAUAAUAUAGGUGUAUUAGUGUAUCAGACUCUAGCGAUAGUGAUGUUUGAAUAAACCGGAGUGAAUGAUGCUCGGUGCAAAUGCAAUUAGAAUUUUAUUCACGGAAUUUGUAAAAAAUAGAUGUAACAGAAUUUUGUAGGAUAAUUUUUAUACGUUGCGAAUUUUAAUUAAUAAAAUGUAUCAUGCAACUUGUAUAUAGUUUUAGAUACUAAUGUAGUUAAUUGAUUCUUUUCAACGAACUGACCACUUUGUUAAUUUAAUCGAAAAAUGUUUUUCCUGUAACUUUUGAAUUAUGCGUUCAGUCUUCGUAUCAAUAAAUGAUGGAAUUAAUUUAGAUAAAUAAUCGCACUGUAUAAUUUUAUAAGAACUAGUCAAUUUGUAACUAUGUCAAUAGCUAAA